AUUGCGCAUCAUCGUUGGCCAAUGGUCGCUGUACCAGAGUUAAAAGAAGCUAAGAUAGCACGUAGAAAGGAAGUCUCGACGAUAAAUGUCGAGUACGAACAAGUCGAAGGUCUUCUUCAUGGUCCCAGCACGGCCGAUCAGUUAUAGAUGUAUAAGCUGAAAUCACCACUGCCAGUGAAGUAGCAUACAAGUUGGAAAAGAAGAGUGGGAGAAUCCCUUUUCGGUGAUGGACUAUAAAACCACGAUCAACUGAUUGAUGGAUCGUAGUUUCUUUUUCGCAAGUUAACACAGAACUCGAGCCUACCGAAGGAAUCGUGUCGAACGAACGAUUCACAUUAUCAACAUGACGCACACACACAACAUGAAGAGGGUAUCCAUUAUAUCUAUCUCGGAGAAAAUGAAGAUUCCGACUACAAAACCUCAAGCUUGUUUCGGAUGUAGACACGUGCAGGUCGCAUUGAUGGCCUUGGGUUUUCUAUGCUGCUAUGCUGUUCGAGUUACCACUUCAGUGACACUGGAAGCUAUGACGAAUUCAGCCAGUGCGAAUCCUGAUUAUGAAGAAUUUGCAUGGGACAAUUCAGUGAAAGAUAUCGUUCUGAGCUCCUUUUUCUGGGGUUACGUGUGCACGCAAAUUAUUGGAAGCGUAAUAGCACAACGUUGGGGAGCUCACAAGCUUUUCUCGUUAGCGCAAUUUGUUUGCGGUAUAGUGACACUUUUCGUGCCUCUGGCAGCGCAUUACAGUGGCUGGGAAGCAGUGUGUGUUUCAAGAAUAAUCGCAGGUCUUUGUCAAGGAACAGUGCUCCCGUCUCUUCAUACGUUACUUUCGAAAUGGGCGCCCAUAGAAGAAAGAGGUCGAAUGUCAACGUUUGUCUAUGCUGGUGGCUGGAUCGGGAACGUUAUCUGUCUGCUCAGUUCCGGUCUAUUGUCGGUUUCUUCUUUGGGCUGGCCAAGUUGCUUUUAUUUUUGGGGUGGCAUAACUAUUCUAUCCGGUAUACUUUUCUUCAUCAUUGGCAAAGAGUCACCUGCUGAACAUCCGCGCAUACCUCAAGACGAGAAAGAAUACAUCGAGACCAGUCUUGGAAUAACAGAAACCGAAGAGAAAUUGUCGACUCCGUGGCGUGCGAUGUUUACUAGCCUUCCAAUGUGGGCACUACUGGCAACGCAGUGUGCUCAUAAUUGGGGCUUCUGGAUGCUCCUAACGAAAAUUCCGUCGUACAUGGCGUCCGUUUUAGGCUACGACAUCAAACAAAAUGGUAUGCUGACCGCGCUUCCUUACCUCACCGCGUGGAUCCUCAGUUUUCCGACCAGUUAUGUGUCAGACAUGCUCAUCAAAAAGAAAGUUUUCUCGGUUCAAGCGUCGAGAAAGAUUUGCAACACGAUCGGAGAAUGGGUUCCAGCGAUCGCUUUGAUCGGUCUUGGAUACAUCGACAAAGAUCAUCCCGAAAUAGCAGUGGCAGUGUUGGUGAUCGCUGUUGCCAGCAAUAUCGCCGUUUACUGCGGCCACAACGUGAAUCACAUGGAUCUCAGCCCGAACUUUGCUGGUACCUUAAUGGGUAUUACAAACACAGGCGCAAAUAUUUGUAGUCUUUUGGCCCCAUUGGUCGCGAGCGUGGUAGUUACGGAUUCGGGGAAUGUGCUGCAGUGGAGGAAUAUAUUCUUUUUAUCAGCAGUAAUCUACUUCCUUGGAAAUCUUAUGUUCGUUUUAUUCGGCACGUGCACAAUUCAAAAAUGGAAUGAUCCCGUAAAGAAAGAUAAAGAUAAUAACUUAAAGUCAGUGAGAGAGUCCACAGUCGAAAACGGAUCUGUAGAGAAAAUAAAACCCAUUGAAGAUAUGGAAGCUGAAAGGAGCGUAUAGUACCACGGGACAUUCAGAGAAUAUUUUCACUUGGAGAACCAAUUGACGGCCCCAGAAUGCAUUUACUUUUCGACGAAGUUUAUCAUAUUGGGAAUACUUUAUUGACUUUAUGUAUCGAAGUUGGUAACGUAAAAACGUACGAAGAUUUAAUAGGUAUAAUAUCGAAGGUGUCGAAAUCAAGUUCUUCUAAUUACUCACAUGACAUGAAUCAUAAUUGUUCACAAAUUUAUCAUACUCAUAUAUAAAUGAUUCUUUUCGCUUCCUUGCGGCGUCUCAUACUCUAUAUAUACUCUAUACAUAGUUUAACGAUGUAUGAAAUAAAUAUAGCGCUGCCAUUCGCAUAUAUCAUUUAAAUAUAGUUUCGUACAAUUGUACAAACGUGUACGAGUUGAAAUUUUGCUCAACUUGUACUAAGGAUAAAGAAGUGUGUAAUUAAAAAUGAUCAGUAAUUCUGUUUUAGGUUGUAAAAUCGACAAAAGUAAAUUUUCAAACAGAAUAACUAUAUUAAAAACAUGUUAUAGCUUUUGUAUUUACAAAGGGUGUUAAUAAUGUAAUGUAUGUAUCUAGUGUUCUGUCGUUUAUCUUCGGAACGUAAGAAGUGAUAAUGAGCCUUGUCUGUUUGUAUAUAAAUAUCUGUGUGAAUGCGUUAUAUAUAAUAUUUAUUGUAAAUAUAGAAUAAAUUAUUUAUUUUCUAAUUCUUAUUAGAAAAAUAUAUUU